AUGGAUGACGACUUAGACUGGAUCACUGGUGACAAAUCUCCCGUGACGCCCGCUCGAGCACUGGCCGCGUCUGAAAGGAAUGCAGGGUACUUGGCAGAUUCACCCCUCGAUGUCGUUGUCCAGAUAGAGCUCGAAGGCGGUUGGCGAGAUUGCUCGACGGAAGAGACGCGAGCGAUCUGUCAACACUUGGCAAAGGGCGAGACGAUGUUUCAGAUACAUGCCCGCGGCCAGAACUACACUGUCGACUUUUCGCGUCCCGACGAAGGCGGUGUGCAAGUAAACGUCAGCACCGGAAAGAUGCGCAAGCUGCGAAUACUGGACAAGGGGGAGGAUGAGCCGGUUGCCGAGGAGGACGUCCCCGGUUCGGCAGAUGCUCCCUUGGAUCCUCCGGCGGGCGCCGCGACAUCCCCAGAAGUUUCCUUGCAGCGGUCGUACGGACCCCAAAGCAAGCGUGGCGGUGCCUCCAUGCACCCCUACAAGGUCCUGGAGGGGAACGAGCACGCCAAGAAAUGCUUCGCCCAGUUCGAUGCCAACGAGGCAAGGUUGUGUGGCGAAUGGGCAGUGUUCUACCAUUCGUAUUCCUUUGCUGCCCUGAUCUACGAAGUUCAUGCGGCAGUCGGGAGCGUUCUUUUCCGCUUCCGAUCUCAGUAUGCGACACUUCCGCGUAUCUUGGUGCAUGAAUUCAAGGAAACGCCAGAUGCUGCGACGUUGAUGAAGAGGUUUAACGACGAGUUUGCCUCCAAUAAGCGAGACCAUCAUCCGGAUUUUCGUCGAGUUGGCUUGUCUGUGAUGUGCUCGCUGGCGUCCACAGGGCCAGAGGCAUGUGUUGCCAUGGUAUUCAUCGCAGGCUACAGCUGCAAGGACCUGUCGUUUCGAGGUGUCCUGGAAAACUUGUUGGAGAGCUGCUACGUGCCCAAAGCAAAGGUUCGGAAGCUUGCCGACGAGAUCAUUGCCAUGUCGGAGAAGCAUGGCUUGGAUGUUUCGCAAUUUGGUGGCAAGGCCUGUCACAGUGGCAAGCCUGGUCACCUGAUGCAGCUGUUCAUCAAGCGUCACCUGGUAGACAAGCUUGUCUACGCCGCCAAACCGUAUGGGCCGGUGGACGAUGAGCGUAUGCCAAUUUCGAAGUGGCUGGACAACAACAACUCUACCCAAAUCGGGCAGGCUCGGGUCCUCGCGCACCCGAAAUACUUCAUGCAGGCAAAUUGCGUUAGAAUGUUCGUGGCCAGCGCGGAUCCCACGUUCCACAGGAACAGACAAGAAUUCCAGAACGAGCUGAUCCAGAAGCUGAGCCUGAUCUUGGGAGAGCCGUCCCUCAGGGAGCGUGCCGCGACAGGCAUCUAUGGUGGCACACUGCCAUCGUGGUGGACUGCCGAAGAUCAGAGGAAGCAUGCCUGA